AUGGUAUAAAAAAAUUCUCUGCUGACUAGAAUCUUAGAAUAAAAACUAAGAAGAGCGGAGUUAUGCCAAUCAAGCGCAAAUAAAACUUCAUUAUCUGAUUUCCUGUAGUUACAAACUACAAGUAUUUAGGAGUUGAAUUAGAUUAUAAGGGAACCAUAAUAUUACAUGUGA